UGUAUCUCCUCGCGCACAGCAUCACAGCAUCAUAUCAUUCAAUUUGCAGAGCGACUCCCUGGUAGGUAUACGGUAUACAAAUCCCAGAACAAAACAGACUCGCUCAGGCUCGUGCUCGCUGCUUUCCAGUAAGUUUUUGUCCGGGAUAAUUAGAAACAGAAAUCCGAGUAAAUGUAGGCUACUUUGUUGGUUUUUUUCCCCACUUCUUUCACUAAUAUGUUAUGCUCUCUUGAUAUUGCAGGUAAUAAAUAGCCUAUAAUGCUGCAUUUCCACCACAAGUUGCCCGCGGGGGGAGCCGUGGUCCUGCUCGCCUUCCUCCUCCAUGGAUGCGCCGUGCAGGCUGCGUCUCUCCCCCGCCACUACAGGCUCCGAGGCGGGGAGAGUGAGGGGCAGCCGGCUGCCUACCCACCCAGCUCCGACAUGAUCAAAGCCCUGGAGUACAUCGAGAACCUGAAGCAGCGGAACGGGGGCCGAGCAGAGCCCGUGGAUUACGACGAAGUGGACAAGUUCAGGGUUCUGCUUCAGCUCGCCUCGCAGCAGGACGAGAGUCCCGGGGACCGUCAGCCUGCCCCCGGCAUGCAGAGGCAGGACAUUAACGCUGAGCAGCUUAUGAAAGCCCUGCUCAAGUCUCUCCAGGAUCAGGCCGGGAAAGACGCAAAGGUCAGCCCCGCAUCGGCGCCCAGGAACGACCGCCGCACACACAGGCACCGCACCAAAGACACUGAAGUCCCCGAGAGCGCGCCCGUAGACUACGGUAAUUUCCCCAGGCCCCACAAGAAAUACCCGCUGAUGUUUGAGGAUGAGGAGAACACAGACGCUUCCAAGAGGGCCACAGAGGACCUGGACGAGCAGUACACACCCCAGAGCCUCGCCAAUUUACGCUCCAUCUUUGAAGAGCUUGGGAGGAUGCCCUCCGUCGCCGGCCAGAAGAGAGACGUGUUCGGGGACGACGAUGAUGAGGAGGACGACGACGGAUUCGGCCUGAGAAACCAGGCCUACGAGGAUGUUGCCGGAGGAGAGGAGUGGGUCCCCGUAGAGGAGAGGGAGGAGACGGAAGAGAUGGUCAACGGGAGCCACGAAGAAAUGGACAGGGCGCUCGGAGACCAGGAGGAAGCUGAGAGGGAUGAGAUACAACGUCGGGCGAGCCAGAACCAAGAGGACGCCGAUGAUGACACCAAGUUGGUAGAUUACUACCUGUUGAAGGUCCUGGAGAUGAGCGACCAGACGCAGAAGAGGGACAAGACCGGGGAGCAGAGAAAGAGACUGAUCCGCCCCUCCAUCGUGGAUCCUCGGACAGUGAAGGAGUUGCUGGAGCUCUCCCUGAAGCUCCACGUCCCUCCGCAGGACCUUAUCGAUAUGCUGCUCACAGAGGAGCUCAGGAAGCUCCACCGCGCUCCCCACGCGUCAGCUCGAUACCCGACCGGCCAGACCCCCAAGAUUAGGUACUUCAGCCGUAGACUACCAGUGAAGAGUAAGACCACCCCCGAAGACAUGGACAGAGAGGACUUUUUAGACAUCAUCGGCGUGGAGACUAUUAGUAACGAGUAUCCUGUGGUGCAGAGGCCCCUGAAGACUUCUCCCUCCUCGGACAGAACCCCAGCGGCGCCCAACCCGGUUGCAAAUUCAAGUCCAGUUAAAAUCCCUCCUCCCUCCGGGCGCAGGGAGAACCUGUUUUUAUCCGAGCUCAAUAAAAUGCCCCUGAAACGUCAGGCCGAUGGUGUUGAUGAUGAAGAUGAUGAUGGCGGCGAUGUGGAAGACGAGGUGACGACCUACCUGGCGGCUAAAAUCCUCACAGAGUACCCCAACACCAUCACCAAGCGGGAUACCCAGGCGCAGCUGAAGGGACAGUUCCCCUACGAGCUGUACGAGCGGGCCCUGAAGGACUACUUGGGUCAAGCAGACACUGAAAGGAGGCCAGUGGCAAAGCGGGAAACCGAGGUGGCCACAGAGGACGUUAAUCCCACAGAGAUGGAAGGGAAAGAGGAGAUAACGGCCAAGACCUCGGCUCCACAGACCGCAAAUGAAGAAGAGGAGAAGGAGCACCGUGAAAAAACAGUGGCUGGGAUGUAG